AUGAAUAUUUUUAUGAGGCUCCUUGUGUCAGAGAUGGGCCAGGACCAAACCAAGCAGCAGAUUGAGAAAGGCCUGAAGUUGUAUCAGUCCAACCAGACGGACAGAGCUCUGCACGUCUGGACUAAAGUGUUGGAGAAAACUUCCGAUCCUGGGGGGAAGUUCCGGGUUUUAGGGUGUUUGAUAACGGCGCACUCUGAGAUGGGAAAAUACAAGGACAUGCUCAGGUACGCCCUCGAACAAAUCGACACCGCCCGGGAGAUGGAGGACCCGGACUACCUGACCGAGGGAUACCUGAACUUGGCCAGGAGCAACGAGAAGUUGUGCGACUUUCAGAAGACGGUGUCCUACUGCAAGACCUGUUUGAACAUGCAGGGCACCACGGUCAGCCUGCAGCUCAACGGCCAGGUGUGUCUGAGCAUGGGGAACGCCUUCCUGGGUCUCAGCGUCUUCCAGAAGGCCCUGGAGAGCUACGAGAAGGCCCUGAGAUACGCACACAACAACGACGACAAGAUGCUGGAGUGCAGAGUCUGCUGCAGCCUCGGGAACAUCUACAUUCAGCUCAAGGACUAUGAGAAAGCCCUCUUCUUCCCCUGUAAAGCAGCAGAGCUGGUCAAUGACUACGGGAAAGGUUGGAGCCUCAAGUACCGCGCCAUGAGCCAGUACCACAUGUCGGUCGCCUACAGGAAACUGGAGCGCCUGCCAGACGCCAUGGAAUGCUGCGAGGAAUCGAUGAAAAUAGCUCUGCAACACGGUGACCGGCCCUUGCAGGCGCUCUGCUUGCUGAACUUCGCAGAUAUUCACCGCUGCAGGCGUGACGUCGAUAAAGCAUUCCCUCGUUACGAGUCUGCCCUGGGCAUCAUGACUGAGAUUGGAAAUCGUCUUGGACAAGCACAGGUGUACCUGGGAGUGGCCAAGUGUUGGCUUUUGCAGAAAGAACUUGAAAAGGCUCUGGACUCCCUGCAGAGAGCGCAGGAGUUGGCAGAUGGAAUGGGAAAUAAGCUGUGCACACUCAAGGUGCACUGCCUGAGUGAAGGAAUAUACAGACAGCAGGGGAAGCAGGCCGAGCUCCGGGAGCAGGUGGUGAAGUUCCUGCAGUGUGUGGAGGAGCUGGAGCUCUACUGCGGCAUGUGCGGCGAGUCGCUCGGGGACAGAGACCAAAAGCUGCAGGCCUUACCCUGCUCCCACAUCUUCCACCUCAAAUGUCUGCAGACGAACGGGACUAAAGGUUGUCCCAAAUGUUUCAAGUCGUCCAUGAAGCCCGGCUUUGUGUGA